CCUUUCCUCCCCGGCUUCCGGUUUCUCUUCACGCCCUGCCUCUGAAUAAUGAUAAUAAUGAUCAAGAUGGCUACUACACAAUAUUCCUCCGGUAGCUAACCACUAAUUCCAUGGACGCUCUUCAAACUGCCUUUUCCCGAAGUUUAGGUCCCUCGUAGGCGACGAGGUGUGUUCCGGGGACUCUUAUAUAUGGAUAAAAAGGCGCGAAGAGGAGAUUGAAGUGAUUGUGUUUCCUGCAGGACUCAUUCUGAGGAAGCUAAGCUAGCACAGCAAGCUAGCUAGCUGAGCUACUCGACCAGCUCCAGGUUCCAGACCAGGACACAGGAGGCUCACAGGUCUGCGGCGGCCCCCCCGGUUCGUCGGACGGAGAGGGUCAGAUGGCAGAGCCGAGGAAAGUCCCGUUCGUCACCCUCUCAUCCUUUAGCAGCACCCCCUCUCCAACGACCCCGGAGCCCACCAAGAAGCGCCGCCGGGAGGAUGAGGCCGGAGACAGCACUGUGGGGAAAGAUGGAGGUGGAGGUGCGGCGGGGGUCGGGUCAGGAGCAGGAGGAGGAGGAAGCAGCGGGGGUCUGUUUGGGAACACGACAGGAGCUGAUACAGAGAGCGAGGAGAGGAAACCCACCGUCCGGCUCAACCUCACUCUCUCCGAGCCCAACGAGAGAGGAUCCUCCGAGUUCAACUACGGAGAGCUGGUGCAGCCAACUUCCGUCACUCAGGUAAAAGCUGCAGCUUCAACUGUCCCUAAAGGACUCGCUCCAACAGUCCCUAAAGGACUCGCUCCAAUGGCCCCUAAAGGACUUGCUCCAACGGUCCCUAAAGGACUCGCUCCUCCGUUGGACCCCAGCGACCCGUUCGCCGACGACGACAAGGAGCGUCGGGAGGUCGAAGAGCUCGCCCGCAAAUUUGAAAACAAAUAUGGUGGAUGUCCGAAGAAGAAGAAAAAGGACAGGAUGCAGGAUCUCAUCGACAUCGGAUACGGCUACGACGAGACCGACCCGUUCAUCGACAAUUCAGAGGCUUACGACGAGCUGGUCCCGGCGUCUCUCACCACGAAGCACGGAGGUUUCUACAUCAACACGGGGACGCUGCAGUUCAGAGCGGCGUCAGACUCUGAGGGCGAGAACGCCAACACGGCAGAUAAUCACUUCAAGAAGAUGAAAGACGGGGAGGAGAGGGUGAUUAAAAAGCGGAGGAAAAAGCAGGACGGUGGGAUUCUGGAGGAGAAGAAACCCAGGAAGAACAAAGUACCAAAGAGCGGAGUAACAGCCCUGAAUAUUCACCGACCGGAGAAGAAGAAGAGGAAGAAGCUGAUGAAGGACUCUCUGCACCUGGCCAACAUGCUGCGCCGCUUCACCCGAGAGAAGGAGGAGAUGAGGAAGAAGAACGUGGGAGCAGCUGGUCUGCAACGACCCAACGCCAAAGUGCCAAACGCCAACAGUGCUCUCCUCAACGCCCACGUCAAGGCUGCAGGCGGCAACGACUGCAACAUCUCCGACCUGACCUCCGACCCCGCCGUGAUGUCACUGCUGGGCACCGCCAAUAACGACCUGCUGCAGGACAUGAUGGGCGACCUGGACUUUGGGAUGCUGGACUCCCCUCAGCCCUCCAGUCCAGUGCAGGGAGAGAACGGCGCCUUCGGGAUGGGGCACAAAGCGGGCGGUAGCAGAGUGUCGCAGGGUAGCGUGAUGCCGCCGCCUCAGCUGCCCAGCGGACUCCCGGGGCCGCUCCUGAAACGCAUCGAAGACCUGAGAGCGGCGUCUCGUCUCUUCGAUGAAGAAGGCCGGAAGAAAUUCUUCACACUGGACAUGAACAACAUCCUGCUGGAUAUCGAGCUGCAGGUCCAGGAGCAGCCUGCAGAGGUGCGAGCCGCCGUCUACUGCCACCUGGAGGCCUUCGUCCCCUGCAACAAAGAGGCUCUGCUCAAACGCCUGAAGAAGCUCAGUCUCAACAUACAGGACGACCGCCUUCGAACGCCGCUGCUGAAGCUCAAGCUGGCGGUGUGCAGCGUGAUGCCGGAGCAGAUCGCUCGAUACAACAUGGACUGCCUCGCGAAAGUAGCAAAGCAGCAGUCUGGAGAGGGGGAGAAAAACGGGUCAGAGGAUGAUGAUGAGGAGAAGCCAGGGAAGAGGGUGAUGGGCCCUCGGAAGAAGUUCAUCUGGGACGACAAACUGAGAGUGUUGCUGUGUAACCUGGUGCGGGUGAAGCUGAGCUGCUACGAGCUGGAGGGCAAGAACUCUCUGUCUCUGGAGGACUACCUCAAAGCCUUCAUGGAGACUGAAGUGAAGCUCCUGUGGCCUAAAGGCUGGAUGCAGGCCAGGAUGCUGUUCAAAGAGAGCAUCAUGGCUCACGGUCACCUCACAGGAUACACAGCAAAGAAGAAGAUGCUUCCUGCUCCCAAAACCCCCAAGCCAAAGGAGGCUGUGUGGGUUCAGCGGUCCGCCCCCUCAGCAGGUGCCACCCCUUCCCCCGCGGCUCAGGCUGCCAAGCGACCGCCUCAGUCCCCGGCUGAGCCCAUAUGUCUCGAUUCCCUGGACGAGGAUCUGACGACUCCCUCGCUGGACUCCAUCUCGCAGGCUUUGGCCAUCCUCGGAAACGCAGCCAAGGGACUCGCCCACGGAGACAGCCCUCCCUCCCCCGAUGGACCCAAGGCCGCCCCCAAGGCCACUCCCACCCCCUCCCCCCUCCACGCCUCACAGCUCAUCCAGCACCAGAAAAAGAACUCAGUCAGCACUCCCAGCUCCAACACACCUCACUACAUCUCUACCUCUUCGUCUUCCUCCACCCCUCUGUCCCGCCCCGCGUCCCUCUCGUCCUCGCCCCUGACCUCCGUCAGGGUGGACGGGAUGGGCGUGGUGAAGGGUGCUGUUCAGGUACACAGACACUCAGUGCUGAAUGCUCAAAGGACUUUAGGCGUGGGCGUGGUUAAGGCUAACAUGCCGCCUACAGCGUCGCAGCCCAAACCACGUCCUCCACCCACAGCGUCUCCGCUGUUGGCGCCCGGAUCGAAGAUGGGGAUCUCCACUCCUCCGUCCGGCCUCCUCAAAGGCAGCAAUAAUAAAGUCAACAGCGGAGACACCAUCAUCAUCACAUCACCUCAUUCACGCAUCCACAGCCUCGCGUCCGCCUCACACAUGACGCCCAAAACCUACCAGACGACCCGCCUCCCCCAAACCACGCCCACCAAAUCCUCCCCCUCCCUCAUACAGACUCACCCAGGAGUCCAGCCCCAGCCGCAGUCCAACUUCAUCACCCCUAUGCACGCCACCCUCACAAAGUCCGCCCACAGCAGCAUCCCCCCCAUCGUCAAGCUAACGCCACGCACCCCAAACACCGUCAUCUCCACCCCCCCCACCUCAGGCUCGCCCUCCAUCUCCCAAACCCCCCGCUCUCAGGCGACCCCCAUCUUACACCAGUACUCCGCCAAAACCCCAGCAGGUUUCCGCCCGCCGUUCUCAGGUGUCCAAGGAGGAGCGACCAAGCCGGGUCAAGGCAGCUACACUCCUCCGGGCGUCCAGAAAACCCCCAACAACAAUAGCACCACCAACACCAGCCUUAUAAACACCGUUUCCAUAAGCAAGCAUUCAGGAUCCAGUGCCUCCCCCGCAGCAGUCUCUGCCAACCCAGGACAGCGCCUGAGGCUGGGGGGCGGGACACCUCAGGGGGCCAAGCCGGUCGUUUCUGUCCCAUCAUCUAUCUCUUCUCAGUUACCGCAGGUCUCCACAGCAGGUGCCGGCAGUCUGCUGGGCUCUCCCUCCUCUCUCUCUCUGGGCUUCGGGGGCCUUCUCGGGGGCCUGGUGCCCGUCUCCCUUCCCUUCCAGUUCCCCUCGCUGCUCCCCUCGCUGCCGCCGCUGGGCCCGGCAGGCUCCAGUACAGCGGCGAGCGGCUCGGCAGCCAGUAGCAAUGCAGCGUUCUCAACCCUGACCCAGAAUCUGUAUAAGAGUCUCCAGUCAGGGUCUCAGGUUGCUCUGCCUCCUCACUUGCAGCUCGCUUUCUCAGAUGUCACUCAAAGCCAGGGCGGCGACGCCAAGAGGAAGACGUUAUGAUAACGCCGGAUCUCGACGCCCCCCCUCCCCCUCCGUGCGGACGCUGACUUGUCGGGACAAAUCAGGACUUUGGGGGUGACGGCGGUGAAUCCUUUUAGGGCUCCUGGGUCACGCUCGCUCGCUGAAUCUAUCUUUUUAAGAACAUUUGAUAACUUUGAAUACUUCAUAGAAUUAAUGACAUGAUGUUUACAAGACCGACCUAUAUCACUGUGGACAGGGAGAAGAGUGAAUGGAUUUUUAGGUGAGUGUGUGUGAGUGAGAGUGUGUGUGUGUGGACGCGUGCCUUUGUGUGUCCCUCUCUGAUGCAUGGUCAGUGUGUCUCUUCGGUGCUGUUUUUAUCAUUCUGUAAUUAUCACCUGUAUGAAAUGUAAACUGAAUUUGAAUUGGAGCUUUUUCUGGACGAGAGCGAAACGACUCUUCUUUGUACUUGAAUUCUCGGAUGAAUUCGUGACUGUACAGAACUCCAAACUACUUUUAAUUAAAGUCUUUUCCCUCGCAGUGAUGUGUACACCUCCAGAUUAAAACACCUUCAAUCAGCUCUCACAUGAAAGUGAGGAAAUCUUUAAA